AUGAAGCUUCUAAAAUCUUUCACUUCUCUGAGUUUACUACUCUUUCCUUACCUAGCUCUGGGAAAAUUAAAUGGCCCCAAUUUAUUUUUGCAAUGGGCUCAGGACUACGCUGAUACUUUACAGAAAAGUUCCUGCUGGAUUUGUGGCCUCCUUCCUUUAUCCAGCUCCUCAGGCCUCCCUUGGUGGGUUUCUCCUUUACAAGGCACAGACUGGCAUUACUUAUGCCAAUAUAUAGACGAUAUGGUUUUCCACCCAAAUAUGAGCAUAUAUAGAGACAUCUCUAUUACUAAAAGAAAUGUUUCUUAUUGGCCUCUGGUAAAUACGAGUUGGAAUUCUCCAGGCCAUGGAAAACCUUUUUCCUACACCCAGACUGCCAAAAUCAUGAAAGAAUAUGCCAAGUCUAAAAUUAAAGAUAAGACAGCACUGUGGGGAACAGUUAAGCCUAACAAUAUGAGAUAUACUGAUGACGGUUAUUUCCAAGUAUGGGAUGAAUUUAUGUGGCUUACACCUACCAUAGGCCAAUUAAAUAAGAGAGCUCUUUUAUGUUGGGAGCAAAGAAAUCAUACCUAUGAUGCCUGGCCUAACAGCACCCGGGAAUUAGGAUGGCUCCCCUCCGUAGCCUGUACCUACACCAUUGUUUUACAAGCAACAGAUUGGUUUGCUACGGACUGGUCAAGACGACCGAACAUGAGAUGGUUGGCACCCAAUGGCACUCAAUGGCUCUGUGGCACGAACCUGUGGCCCUGGCUGCCCCCUGGAUGGAUAGGGCGCUGCACUCUGGGCUUUCCUUGGAUGCAGGGGAGCUGGCAUAAAGAAAUACCGAGGCCUGCCAAUUACCCCAAUCUAGUUAGUCGCUGGACACGGUCAGUCUUCCACUGGUAUGAUCACCUGUUCGGUAUUCUCAUACCCCAGCUGGGAAUAGAAGACAUAAUGUGGCACGUAGAGGCUCUCACAAAGUAUACCACACGAGCCCUUAACGAUUCUAUGCGGGGACUGUCCCUGAUCAAUUCUGAAGUGGCACUGAUGAGAAAGGCUGUACUGCAGAACAGGAUGGCCUUAGACAUACUCACGGCAGCUCAGGGAGGGACCUGCGCCAUCAUUAAAGCUGAGUGUUGUGUAUAUAUCCCCGAUAGCUCAGCUAACAUGUCCGACAUUUUAGCGGACAUGCACGCCCAAAUUGAAGCAAUGUCUGACGCCUCUGGUUCCCUCAAUGAUUGGAUUUCUUCCUGGUCUGGUGGUGGAAGUAUAUGGUCUUGGGUGAAAAAAUUUCUCAUACUAGCAGUCAUAGUAGUUAUGCUAGGGUUUUUUCUCUGCUGUGGGGGCUACUGUUGUUGCAUGCUCUGCAUACAUUUAUCAGAAAAACUACCGGAACGGGUGUUCUUUGGGCGCCGUCUUCUUCCUAGGUUGAAGCCUCACACAGACCUAUGA